AUGAAGUGUGUAGCUAUUUUUGCCGUUGCUAUGGUUAUGGUGAUGACACCUGAAUCCGAGGCUUUGUUGAAUCUGUUGAAUGGAGGUGGAGGUAAUGGCGGUCUGCUCGGUGGUGUUUUGGGAAAUAACGGUUUACUGGGAGGUAUCUUAGGAUCAAACGGUUUACUCGGAGGUCUGUUGGGACAAAAUGGUUUAGUUGGAGGUCUAUUGGGAUCAAAUGGUUUAAUCGGCGGUGUUUUGGGAGGAAACAAAGACUCAGUUGAAGCUAGUGCCAAUGUCCUGGCUAAGCUGAACGCCAUCAUUAGCGACGGAGUUGCCACCAAAGCUGAAUUGGGAGCUGCCUUGGGUAUAAGUGGAGCAGGAUUAGAUGGUCUUAUUGCUGAUAUUGAUAUCAAUGCAUGUGUAUUGUUACUAGCUCAAAAUACACGAAUAAAUCCAAAUACAUUAAUUGUUCACUGGGUAACGGCAUUUCUAUUGUUAAUAGGUCAACUUUAA